ACGGCAGAGCUUCCAGCCUGUCCCACUAUGGGCUUCACCCCACUCUUACUCUUUCUCCUGGGUAUGACAGGUUGUAUUGCUGAAGGUGUUCCCAAAGUCAUAAAUGCCACAGCUGGAGAGCCAAUCUCCCUGAAGUGUCACUAUGCCCUAGAGGAUGUCCGGGCCCGAAAAGUGUGGUGUCAAUUCUUGACCACAGGGUGCCAACCCCUUGUCACCUCAGUCGUGGACAGGAGAACCCCAGGCAGUGAAAAGGCCCACCUCACUGACCUGGGAGAAGGUUUACUAGAAGUGGUGAUAGAUGAAGUGCAGCUGGAGGAUGCUGGCAAAUACGGCUGUAUGGUGGAGACAACCACAGGGCUCCAGAUUCUGCACACGUUCAUUCUGAAAGUAUCCCCUGCAGUGUCAAGGAAGGAUAAGGAAGACAAAGAAGACUAUUUGGGAGAAACCUUGACUUUGGCUACUGUGGGAUAUACUGCAAGCAGCCUGAGCUUCAGCUCCGUGAAGCCCAACCAAGAAGACUGGAGCAUUCCCUUGGUCUGGGGUUCUGUGCUUCUCCUGAGCCUACUACUUGUGGCUGCUGUGGUAUUGGCUGUGAUAGCUGCAAAGAGGGGGGGCAAGCUGGACAUUUGUGGGCGAUCCCAAAGCAGUGAAGCACCAGCCUUGGAUGCCAGCGUGCCUGAAGAAACUUCAAAUGUGCCUUAUGUCAAGCUGGAGACCCCACCCUCCUUAGACAACACUACCUACACCAACCUCCCUCUAGGUCCUCCAACAGGAAAGCCACCACCUCCCCCUCCCCCGACUGAAUCAGAGCCCCAGGUCCAUUUCAGCUCUAAGCCUGUGACAUAUGCGACUGUGAUCUUCCCCCCAGGGACUGAGGCUGGAGAGGUCCCCACUCACCCUACUCAGGAACAAACUGACCUCCAAAACCCACCAAUCUAAUUCAUUACCCAUCCUCACUCCACCAUGAAAGUAUGUGCAUAGGAGUGUCAUUCCUGUUGUCUGGCUCUGUCCACCUCAUAUCAUAGAACCAAAGAAUAUUUAGAACUCAGAGAUCUUGCUUCCCU